AUGGUCGCGCUCGCGCUCACGCAAAUCACCGUCGCCCGUCGAUCCGCGCUCAGUCGCGAUGUGCGAGGUCGCAAGACCGUCAAGGCUCGCGCCGCCGUCAAGGUGGCGGCGUCGUCCGACUUGAAGUUUGACGACGACUGGAAGAAGUCCUCCGUCCCGGUGCACCUCGCGUCCUUGUUCGGCUGGGUCGUCCCGUCCGCGUCGCCGUGCCCGGCGUUCGAGAACAACGCGUCUUUGUUCCAGGUGUUCAGCGAUCGCAUCGGCGCCAACUUGGCCAACUUCCCGCAAGGUCCGGCCGCCGACGACAAGAUUUGGUUGUACAUGCUCACGUGGCACAUGGGGUUGUUCGCGUGCAUGAUGUUCGGGCAAAUCGGCGUGCAAGCGCGCAAGCAAGGUUACUUCAACUAA